UAAAGUGUCGCUUGUGGGAUAAACAAACAAUAAAACGCAUUUGACAUUUGUUCGGUAAUGGCCGAUUUGUGGAAUAGCGUUCUUUUUACGCAAUGUAUUUAUGUUUAUUUAUUUACAAAUACUGAAUUAAAGCUUAGUUAAAACAACUGACAUUUCGUGGCAUAUUAACUAUGAAUACCGAAGAUAUAAAUUUAUGCUGUGGGUGUUUGAGUUCCGGCAGGAAAAUGAUAAAAAUUGUCGAAUUUUGGACCAAGCAAUCUUUUUUGCAAAUUAUUAAUGAAAUAUCGGUAUCACAAGCAGAGCCCCCAGUAUCUUUGUGUUGGGAGUGUGCGGCGCAAAUCCAUCGCUUUACGAAGUUCAAGCUGAAAGUUAAAGAUUCAUACACUAUAUUCAAGGAAUAUAUAAAAAAGAACCAAAAAAUAAAAUUACAAGCAAAAUCUUCUUUAACUACCCACAAACUACACACAAUCAAUAUAACACAAGCAGAAGACACAGAAGAGUCUAUAUUCCAAAUUAUAAAGCAAGAAGAAGAAUACAAAACUCCAGAAGUACCUGUCAAAGAAGAAUAUGAUCAUACAUUCGAUUCAGAAGACGAAAAAGUCCAAAAGAAGAUCAAAGUUAAAAGGAGAAAGCGGAAAAGAAAGGAAGCAGAGGUUUACAAAGAAGUAGACUUGAGUAGAGAAGAUUUGGAAGAGGAGAGAAGAAUUGCUAUGCUUAAAGAAGAAUAUGUGAACGCUAUGUUUAAAUGUGAGAGGUGUAUUGUGUCUUUCCCAAAUGCGGAGGAUUUGAAAGAUCAUAUAAACUUGAAGCAUGAGUUGAAUGCCUCAAACUUAAAAUGCAGUGUAUGCGAGUGUUCCUUCGCCUCAGAGGUAUCAUACAACUAUCAUACAAACAAGCACAGACGGAGGUAUCAGUGUGCGAUAUGUUCAGACAGACACACAAGCAAGAGAGCAGUCAUGAGGCAUUAUGAGACGGCGCACUUCCAUGGACCUUCAAUAGAAAUUGAUGUUCAGAAUAACCAACAGAACGGUGUUAAUGAUGAAGAAGGAUCAGAGCAGAAUAGUACAAAACAACCGUUAGCGACUUUCGCGUGUGAGUUUUGUGAUAAGAGUUUCCGUUGGAAGGCUUCGUUACGAAAACAUGUGGAAACACACAGGAUAGAGACUGGGCAGAAGAGGAAACCAUAUUGUGAGCCUUGCAGGUUAUCAUUUACAAAUACAUCGAAUUUACAGAAACAUGUGAAAACAAGUUCGAAACACCAAAUACAAUUAAAAUUAAGGAAAUUAACAGAAUCUCUCCCAGAAGACGCUUCCACACCAGAAAAGCAUCAGCAACGAAUAGAACAGAUCAAAUGUUCAGUGAACAGCGCCAAGGAGAAGUUCCCCUGCCCGCAGUGCGACAAGAAGUUCCAGUGGAGGGGCAACCUGCUGCGGCAUCUGAACAGCCACGUGGCCAGAGCGAACGGCGAGUUGGUAUGUGAGCCAUGCAAUCGAACGUUCUCAUCCAUCGCGACUUACAAGCAACACAUGAAGAUCAGCAGGAAACACGUCAGCGAGAACGAUUUCAAAUACAUGUGCAGUGAUUGUGGCAAACGUUUCGCGAAUAAGACUCGUUUAAAAGACCACGUCGAUUGGGAACAUUUGAAGAACUACGUCCAUACCUGUUCUGUAUGUCAAAAGGUAUUCAAAAGCCACACCUCGUUAUACCUACAUAAGCAGGUUGUUCACAAGAAGGACAACGCCGAACAUUUGUGCGAUCACUGCGGUAAACCUUUUCCCAACCAAGCGAAACUCCGCUGUCACAUGCAAGCACUCCACAGCGGCUCGUCAGCUUACAAGUGCGGUACAUGCGGCGCUCGCUUCAGCUGGUUGUCGUGUUUAUCGAGACACUGCAAGAAACUUCACCCAAAUGUACCUCCUGCUACUGAAUGAGAGUAUAGGACAGACAGAAAGAACCUGAGUAAGCCUAGUCGUAAUACCGCCGUUAUAGGGUCAUCAUCAUGACAAUAGGGAUGAUGACUGGGUAUAAAAAGAAAAAAUCUCAUUAUUCCCUCAGUUAGA